GAAUAAUCAUUUUCUUUUCUUUUUUACAAAUAUCCGAGUAAGGUAUUAAAGGUGUCUUCGUUUCACAGAGAACCGGUGAGCUCAUGUAAGUAACCUACAAAGGCACGACCAAAACUUUGACUGAACAUCAGUUCCGAACGCCUUAUAUUUUCCCGAGCAAAUACGCAAAAACAGACGAAUCAGGCACAACAAGCAAAUCAAGUGGUCAUCCUCGAAUACAUUGUGUUGAAAGCAUAGUCUUGAUCCGAUUAGUUGUGUCGAUGGCUACUUCGGAAGCAGUUCUUCAGGUUCUAUCAGGGACUGUGCCUUAUCAAUUUCAUUCCCAUCCAUGUCUUGAGACAUCAAACUCAUUGGUUUCUUUUAAAUGCCGGAAAAGUAGUAGAACGGAAAGAGGUUCCAUGUUGAUGAAACGGUUAAAUUGUUCGAAAAUGUCAAUAAAAAUGAAGAGGAUCUCGGCUCUUCAUUCUAUAGAUAGUGUUUCACAUGAAAAUACUGUAAAUGGCCGACUGGAGUCUGUGAGAUGCAGGUGCCAACAGGCUGGUAGUGUCAGUGAGGUAAUUGCGGAGGAUGGAAAUGGAAGUUUGGUUAAUGGCGCAGCUGAUGUUCGAAACGUUCAAAAGCUUGAGGGUGUUCGACGGUUGAAAAAAGAAAAUGAAAACCUUGCAUCCAUUAAACUACAAAGAGUCAAUGUUGAUUCCAUCGAGGAUGAAGCAUGGAAUCUGUUACGGGAAUCCAUUGUUUAUUACUGUGGCAAUCCUAUUGGAACUAUUGCUGCUAAUGAUCCUUCUGAUUCCAGUAUUCUGAACUAUGAUCAAGUUUUCAUCCGUGACUUUAUACCUUCUGGGAUAGCUUUCCUUUUGAAGGGAGAGUAUGAUAUUGUAAGAAAUUUCAUCCUUUAUACCCUUCAGUUGCAGAGCUGGGAGAAGACCAUGGAUUGCCAUAGUCCUGGUCAAGGACUGAUGCCUGCCAGUUUCAAGGUGCGCACUGUUCCACUUGAUGGUGAUGAUUCCGCAACUGAAGAUGUUUUAGAUCCCGACUUUGGUGAAGCAGCUAUUGGUCGUGUUGCACCAGUUGAUUCUGGAUUGUGGUGGAUUAUAUUGUUGCGGGCAUAUGGGAAAUGUUCCGGAGAUCUUUCUGUCCAGGAGAGAGUUGAUGUGCAAACUGGAAUUAAGAUGAUCUUAAAGCUAUGUCUUGCUGAUGGUUUUGAUAUGUUUCCGACCUUGUUGGUGACUGAUGGUUCUUGCAUGAUAGAUCGCCGCAUGGGAAUUCAUGGCCACCCCCUGGAAAUUCAGGCGUUGUUCUAUUCAGCACUACUUUGUGCACGUGAGAUGCUUGCUCCUGAGGAUGGGUCGACUGAGCUAAUCAGAGCACUCAACAGUCGUCUGGUUUCACUGUCAUUCCAUAUCAGGGAGUAUUACUGGACUGACAUGAGAAAGCUCAACGAAAUAUACCGUUAUAAGACAGAGGAAUACUCAUAUGAUGCAGUCAACAAGUUCAAUAUUUACCCAGAUCAGAUUCCUCCUUGGCUGGUGGAAUGGAUGCCCAAUAAGGGAGGCUAUUUGAUUGGAAACCUGCAGCCUGCUCACAUGGAUUUUCGUUUCUUUUCUCUCGGAAACUUAUGGUCCAUUGUAAGCAGUCUUGCAACAGUGGAUCAGUCGCAUGCAAUAUUGGAUCUAUUUGAAGCAAAAUGGGCAGAUUUAGUGGCUGAUAUGCCAUUGAAGAUAUGUUAUCCUGCUCUUGAAGGUCAAGAAUGGCGAAUUAUUACAGGCAGUGAUCCCAAGAACACGCCUUGGUCUUACCACAAUGGGGGUUCCUGGCCAACUUUGCUCUGGCAGCUAGCUGUAGCCAGCAUAAAGAUGAAUCGACCGGAGAUUGCUGAAAAUGCUGUCAAGGUUGCUGAGAGAUACAUAGCUAGAGACAAAUGGCCCGAGUAUUACGACACCAAGCGAGCAAGAUUUAUUGGAAAACAGGCACAUCUCUUUCAAACAUGGUCAAUUGCAGGAUAUCUAGUGGCAAAGCUUCUCCUUGCCAAUCCAGAAGCGGCGAAGAUCCUGGUAAAUGUAGAGGAUUCAGACCUGGUAAAUGCUUUUUCUUGCAUGUUGACUGCCAACCCAAGAAGGAAACGCACCCGGAAAGAAUCGAAACAGAGCUACAUAAUAUGACUUUGUAUAACAGAUCGUGAUUCCCCAUUUUAAAUUGCAGUCAGCUAGAUGUUAUUGGAAAGAGUUUUAUGCGAGAGUUUCCUACCCGAAAAAAAAAAAAAAAAUUGGACAAAAAAGAAAAAGAAAUUGUAGAAUUAUACACGGGUGCAAUCACGUGUCAAAUAGAUUUCAGUUGCUGUAAAGAUGAUGCAUUAUUAUAUAAAAAAAAACCUCAGCAAUAUUAGUUAAUGCCCUUUUGUUUCUGUUUGUGGAGAUUUUUAUUUUUAUUUUUAUAAUUGUAAUGGUAUUAUGUACAUUGCAGAUUAAUUUAAUGGAUCAUUGUAAUAAAUAAUAAUGUUAUUGGUU